AUGUGCCAGGGAUCCAGGAGGGACAGUGACGACUUGAGGCACAAAAAACGUUCUUCUCAUCUCCUUUCCAACCUCUUCGAGCCAGUGGGGAUUAAGGAACUCUCUUGGAUCAGGGAAAAUGAAUCCUUGAUGGUGCAAGGAAACGAGAUAAUUAACGAGGAUAAGGAAUCGCGGAAAUUGUGGUCUGCUUGGAAUUCCAGCAUCAGCUCUGCAAAUGGUGGGGACCUGUCUGUCCAUCGGUCUCUGAGGAUCCUCCUGCUCAAUCCUUCUUUAGAUCCUGGGCUGCAGCUGGAGGAAAUCUGGACAAUUCUAUGGAAAACAGCAUUGGAGUAGCACUGGGAGUGGAGGUCUGAAGAGCCGGGAUUUCUCCCCGCAGUGAUGCCCAGGAUGGUGACCGGAGCSCUUCUCCCGUUCUUCAUCCUCUCAGGAAUUCGGGUUUCAGCUGAGAACAUCAACUUCCACAACGUCAGGCCUCCCCUAGACCGUAAGUGGGCAUUUUUUAUGGAAUUCCAGCCUUUUCUGCAUGGAAUUCCAACAUUUUUUCAUGGCAUUCCAGCCUUUUUUCAUGGAAUUCCACUCCAAGCUUUCAUUCCCGUGGAUGAGCAGCUCCAAGGUUUCAUUCCCGUGGAUGAGCAGCUCGAAGGUUUCAUUCCUGUGGAUGAGCAGCUCCAAGGUUUCAUUCCCGUGGAUGAGCAGCUCCAAGGUUUCAUUCCCGUGGAUGAGCAGCUCCAAGGUUUCAUUCCUGUGGAUGAGCAGCUCCAAGGUUUCAUUCCUGUGGAUAACCCUCUGGAAUUUCCCGUUGCAGGUGCCCGGUACUGCCUGACCGUUCACCUGUUCACGGCGCAGGGCCAGAGCACCUCGGUCACCAAGAAAUGCGCCACGGGCGAGGAGUGUCACCUGGUGGGCUGCCAGCGGCGCGGGGACAGCGGCCACACCGAGUGCGUUUCCUGCUGCGAAGGAAUGAUCUGCAACGUGGAGAUCCCCACCAACGCCACCAACGCCGUCCUGGCCGUGCUGCAGGCGCGCCGAGCGUCCGGGGGCAACCGAGGGGUGCCAUCCAUGGCCCUGCUGGUGGCACUGGUGAYGGUGGCACUGCCCUGAC